UCUUCAGAACGGCAGCUUCAGAAAAAAAAAAUCUAAACGCUACCUACCAAUUCGAAAUAACUGUCCUCUCUUUUAUCUCUUCGCUACUGAGAGAUUUGGGAAUUAGCUUGGGAAACUUCGCCGGAGAAUAUCAUAUCGUCGUUUUUAGUGUUUUUUUUUUUUAUCGUCCGUCCAUGGCGUUGUUGAAGUCCUUUAUCGAUGUUAGUCCAGACUCACACUUCCCUAUCCAGAAUCUCCCUUAUGGUGUAUUCAAGCCGGAAUCGAACUCCACUCCUCGUCCUGCCGUCGCUAUCGGCGAUUUGGUUCUCGACCUCUCCGCGAUUGCUGAAGCUGGGCUUUUCGAUGGUCCGAUCCUUAAAGACGCUGAUUGCUUCCUUCAGCCUAAUUUGAAUAAGUUCUUGGCCAUGGGACGGCCUGCGUGGAAGGAAGCGCGCUCUACGCUUCAAAAAAUCUUGUCAUCUAAUGAACCCAUCUUACGAGAUAAUGAUGUUUUGAGGUCAAAGUCAUUCUAUGAGAUGAGUAAAGUAGAAAUGAUUGUUCCUAUGGUGAUUGGGGACUAUACAGACUUCUUUGCAUCUAUGCAUCACGCAAAGAACUGUGGACUUAUGUUUCGUGGACCUGAAAAUGCGAUAAACCCAAAUUGGUUUCGUCUUCCCAUUGCAUAUCAUGGAAGGGCAUCAUCUAUUGUCAUCUCUGGGACCGACAUUAUUCGACCAAGAGGUCAGGGCCAUCCACAAGGAAACUCUGUCCCAUAUUUUGGACCAUCUAAGAAACUUGAUUUUGAGCUUGAAAUGGCUGCUGUGGUUGGUCCAGGAAAUGAAUUGGGAAAGCCCAUUGACGUGAAUAAUGCAGCGGAUCAUAUAUUUGGUCUAGUACUGAUGAAUGACUGGAGUGCUAGGGAUAUUCAGGCGUGGGAGUAUGUGCCUCUUGGGCCUUUCCUAGGGAAGAGUUUUGGGACUACUGUAUCCCCUUGGAUUGUUACCUUAGAUGCGCUUGAGCCUUUCGGUGUUCAAGCUCCCAAGCAGGAUCCACCUCCAUUGCCAUAUUUGGAUGAGAAAGAUUCUAUAAAUUAUGACAUCUCUUUGGAGGUUCAACUGAAACCUUCUGGCAAAGAUGAUUCUUGUGUAGUAACAAAGAGCAACUUCCAAAACUUAUACUGGACCAUAACGCAGCAGCUAGCACACCAUACCGUUAAUGGUUGCAAUUUAAGGCCUGGUGAUCUCCUUGGAACCGGAACUAUAAGCGGACCGGAGCCAGAUUCAUAUGGGUGCCUACUUGAGUUAACCUGGAACGGACAGAAACCUUUAUCACUCAACGGAACAACUCAGACAUUUCUCCAAGACGGUGACGAGGUGACUUUCUCAGGUUUAUGCAAGGGAGAUGGCUAUAAUGUCGGAUUUGGAACCUGCACUGGGAAAAUUGUACCUUCACUCCCUUGAUCUACUCUCGCCGGAAAUAUGGUGAAAAGAAAGAUUUUCAUACUCACGAAUACGCACUUGGGUUAUGAAUAUGAUGAUUAAGUAGAUAACCCCAUCCGAUUAAUAAUAAAAUCAUCUCGAUAUUGGUGUAAUAUGUUAUUGAAUGUUUUCUUUUAUAAAGAAAGACAACGGAAUAUCAAUAACUUUCUAUAUAAAAGCGAUUAUCAUCGAGUGGUAA